AUGGAAAUAACAUUCACAGAUGAAGACGCGGUGAAGAGAUACUACGCUAAGUUUGAGGAGCGUUUCUUCCAGACCUGCGAGAAGGAGCUGCUGAAAAUCAACACCUUCUACUCAGAGAAGCUAGCCGAGGCUCAGCGUCGCUCAGCCACGCUGCAGAAUGAGCUGCAGUCGUCUCUGGACGCUCAGCGCGAGAGCAACGCUCCGCCCGGCCUGCGGAGACGUAAGACCAUGUUCCACCUGUCCCAGGAGGAGCGCUGCAAACACCACAACAUCAAGGACCUGAAGCUGGCAUUCAGCGAGUUCUACCUCAGCCUCAUCCUGCUGCAGAACUACCAGAAUCUGAACUUCACGGGUUUCCGUAAGAUCCUGAAGAAGCACGAUAAGAUCCUGGACACCCCCCGCGGGGCCGACUGGCGCGUGGCUCAUGUGGAGGUGGCGCCUUUCUACACCUGCAAGAAGAUCACUCAGCUCAUCUCAGAGACAGAGACUAUCGUGACCACAGAGCUGGAGGGAGGCGACCGUCAGAAGGCCAUGAAGAGGCUCAGAGUUCCUCCUCUGGGGGCGGCUCAGCCCGCUCUGGCCUGGACGACCUUUCGUGUUGGACUUUACUGCGGCUUCUUCAUCAUCCUCGCCAUCGCCUUCAUUCUCUCUGGUGCUGUGUUCGUCCGCUUUGAGAACGUUUGGCCUCUGGUGCGUAUCUACCGCGGCGGCUUCCUGUUGAUCCAGUUCCUCUUCCUGUUGGGCAUCAACACUUACGGAUGGCGGCAGGCCGGAGUCAACCACGUGCUCAUCUUCGAGAUCAACCCCCGAAACAACCUCUCACACCAACACCUGUUCGAGAUUGCGGGUUUCCUGGGAGUGUUGUGGUGCCUCAGCAUCCUCUCCUGCCUCUACUCGGACUACACUUACCUCCCCAUGCAGAUCAACCCGCUCAUCCUCUACGGCUUCAUGCUGCUCUUCCUCAUCAACCCCUUCAAGACCGGAUACUACAAGUCUCGCUUCUGGCUCCUCAAGCUAUUGUUCCGUGUGGUCACGGCUCCGUUCCACCGGGUGGAGUUUGCAGACUUCUGGCUGGCCGACCAGCUGAACUCUCUGGUGUUCGUCCUGAUGGACCUGGAGUAUCUCGUCUGCUACUACAUCUUCGAGCUGCAGUGGAGCAACAGCAGAGGGCUGCUGCCCCGCGACCAGGACUCUGCAGGUCACGUGUGCCACAGCUACUCGUACGGGCUGCGCGCCGUCAUCCAGUGCCUGCCCGCCUGGUUCCGCUUCGUCCAGUGUUUGAGGCGCUACCGAGACACAAAGAGGGCGUUCCCCCACCUGGUGAACGCUGGGAAAUAUUCCACCACCUUCUUCGUCGUCACCUUCGCCGCGCUGUACGCCACGCACAGAGAGCAGGGCCACACGGACGCUGACAUGUUCUUCUACCUGCUGAUCGUGUUCUCCAGCAUCAGCUCGCUCUACACUCUGAUCUGGGAUCUGCGGAUGGACUGGGGUCUGUUCGACCGCGGAGCCGGAGAGAACACCUUCCUGAGGGAGGAGAUCGUUUACCCUCACAAGGCGUACUACUACUGUGCGAUAAUCGAAGAUGUGAUUCUGCGUUUCGCCUGGACGAUCCAGAUCUCCCUCUCCACGACCACCAAGAUCCACUCUGUGGGAGACAUCGUUUCCACCGUGCUCGCCCCCAUGGAGGUCUUCAGGCGCUUCGUGUGGAACUUCUUCCGGCUGGAGAACGAACACCUGAAUAACUGCGGUGAGUUCAGGGCCGUCAGGGACAUCUCGGUGGCUCCUCUGAACGCAGACGACCAGACGCUGCUGGAGCAGAUGAUGGACUCUGAGGAGGGCGUCCGCAACCGCUCCGGGAAGAAGACGUGGAAAAGGUCGUACAGCCUGUCGCUGCGGCGCCCCCUGCUGGGCACAUCACUAUCAAAAAAGGACACAAAGGUGCUAAUCGAAGAUACGGAUGAUGAGGCCUUCAGCUGAGUCAACAUUAGACACACACACACACACACACACACACACACACACACACACACACACACACACACACACAUGAUAUACUUAUAAAGACCUCCUUUAUAGUGAUAGUAGUGACCUUCAGCUAAAACCUUUAAGUAUCUUUGAAUAAUGUACCUCAUUCUACAUCCCUUUGAGUAUCCUCGGUCUUUAUAAGUAUAGAGAAACACACACACACACACACACACACACACACACACACACACACACACACACACACACACACACACACACACACACACACACACACACACUUUAAUGUAGAAACACGUGAAAAUAAACCUGCUGAAGCACAAACACGGUGUAAUAGCUACAGACGGACGAGAAGGGAAACACACACUGCCUGGGAUUGUUUUUUUAAAGGACUUUUUUUAUUUUGAGAUAUUUGUAUUUCUUUAGGUUUUUCCUUUUCUUUUCCUGAAGCUGCAUUGACGACUGUUUACACGCCUUUUUUCUAACGACACUAGGAUCAACAGGGAGAAGUCAAGCCAAUCAAAACACUGGAUAUUAACCUCUAAACACCCGAGGAAGAAACUACAGCAUAUCAAAACCAAUCAACUGCGUUCAGCUUGUUGAUUCUUUUAUACUCCAUCUUUGUUUCUUCUUGAGUUUUAACCUCAGAGUACAAUCACACCCUGGAGGCACUUGCAGGAAAAGUGCAUUUAACACACGAACAAACAACAACUUGUACACAAAAGGUUGCUUCAAACAUGUCUGUGAAGUUGCUUUGUAAUAUAUUUAAUACAUUUUAACAUGCAUUAUUACUCUGUUGUUCUUCUACAUGUGUUGUUUGUACUAGAGAGACUUGUGUCGAGCGUCCGCACGAUGAUUGUCGAUGUGUUUUUUAAACUUCUGAAUGUUUUUCUCCGCCACGUUUUUAAUACGCUCAUAGUUAGACCUCAGAUUGAAGCGACCUGUGAAUCAUCUUAAAGUGCCCGUUAGCUUUUCUUUUGCAUUAACUACCAAAGCUUUAUUUUUAUGAAUGUGUCCAAUCCAUGCAGACUGCACAACGCUCGUUUAUGAUUGUUGUUUUUACUAAUGUACGCAGCUGUAUCGUUGGAAAUCCCAGUAAUAUGAGGAGAAAUGUGUCAAAUAUUAUGUGAUUUACUGCUUUAAAUGUUUAGUUUAAUUGUUAACAUGCCAAUGGUUCACACAUUUGGAGCGCUUUUAUUGAAUUAGUCUGAUUAAUGAAGGUUUAAAUAGCCGACCAAGGCAAGCUAGCUUUGUUAGCAUCAGCUAUCAAGGUUAGCUAGCAUAAGUUAGCUAGCCUUGUUAGCAAUUACAUUGAAAUGUUAUCCCUAAUUUCCCCAAAAUGAAUCUUCAAAGUGUGACAUGACAGAAAAGAGCCAUUUGUAUAUUAAGACUGUAGUGUGUGUUGCCAGAAUGGGCUACUUUUUUAUUUAAUUAUGCGUAUUAAAAAAACGUUUUUGGGAAGCUAAUGCUAAUUACGGCUAAUUUGUGUAGCACAUGGGUGGUUGGCUCCAACAAAACGUACCUCUAUAACUAAAAUAAAUUCACCCAAUUCGAUUUUAAACAAAAUGCACAUGCACAAUAUUCCCAGCCAAUAUUUGAAACAAAACAAUGUGGUUAAUAUUUUGAGGAUUUGGCAACUUUGAGGCUCUUUUUCAAUACAUUCGGUUGCAAUCCAAUCUCUCAUUAACAGUAAAAUAUGUAAAAACUGUAACACGUUUUCACCACAUCAUGUUGUUUGUUUGUUUGUCGCUAAUGUUCACUCAUGUUAGCACUUUUAAACAAUUUUAAGUCUUGUUAAAUGUUAGAUUAAAGAUAAGGAACCAGGAGAAACGUGCUGUACAUCUGAUAUCCAUUAUUAGCCCCUAUAAGUUAUUUUUAAACCAGCAGCUCAAACGUAAAGAGCUGUUUCUUAUCAUUUCAAAGUGUUUUCCUGCUAUCUGGCUAAAGAUGCUAAUUUAAAUGCUGUUUGACUUCCUGUUUGACCCCCCCCCCCCCAGCUGCAGCACAACAAUACUUCUGUUUGUAAAAAACUGAACAGCUUCUGUGUGCAAAGAGCCAGAAAAAUAUGUAAAAAAUGUAGAAGAAGGGUCAUUAUAACACACUGCACACACACACCAUGACACACACAC